AUGAUCAUGAACACAAUUGAUAUACGCAUAAAAUACUUACAUAUUUAUCUUAUCUUACGAAGUAAGAAGCAAUUAUCAACAAACCGGUCUCAUAUCACUUCACAACAACUUCUUCUUCUUCCCCCUUCAAUUUCCCCCUCUUUCCUUCUCAGAUCUUCUUCACACCUGCAAUUCCCCUCUCUUUCUCUCUCUCCUCACCGAGCAAAGCUGGAGCAGCUGAAGACCAUAGGCAGGGAGCUCGCAAUGGGCUCCCAAGGAGGCUUCGGCCAAUCCAAAGAAUUCCUAGAUCUCGUCAAGUCAAUCGGCGAAGCUCGAUCUCGAGCCGAGGAAGAUCGAAUCGUUCUCCACGAGAUCGAAACCCUAAAACGACGAAUCACCGAACCCGACAUCCCCAAACGCAAGAUGAAGGAGUUCAUCAUUCGCCUCGUCUAUGUCGAGAUGCUUGGCCAUGACGCUUCAUUUGGGUACAUCCAUGCCGUCAAGAUGACUCAUGAUGAUAACAUCCUUCUUAAGAGAACCGGCUACUUGGCGGUGACGCUCUUUCUGAAUGAUGAUCAUGAUUUGAUCAUCCUCAUUGUUAAUACGAUUCAAAAGGACUUGAAAUCGGAUAAUUAUCUUGUGGUUUGUGCUGCUUUGAAUGCUGUUUGUCGCUUGAUCAAUGAAGAGACUAUUCCCGCGGUUUUGCCCCAAGUUGUUGACCUGCUUAAUCACCCUAAGGAGGCUGUUAAAAAGAAGGCUGUUAUGGCUUUGCAUCGGUUUUAUCAGCAGUCGCCGUCCUCGGUGUCUCACCUAGUUUCCAACUUCCGUAAGAAGCUUUCUGAUAACGACCCGUCGGUUAUGGGUGCUGCACUUUGUCCUCUUUAUGAUCUGAUUACAAUAGAUGGGAAUUCCUAUAAAGAUUUAGUUGGAAGCUUUGUGAGUAUUUUAAAACAAGUAGCAGAAAGAAGAUUGCCCAAAAGCUAUGAUUAUCAUCAGAUGCCCGCUCCAUUCAUUCAGAUUAAGUUGCUCAAAAUUAUGGCAUUGCUGGGUAGUGGGGACAAGCAUGCAAGUGAACAGAUGUACACUGUACUGGGUGACUUAAUCCGGAAGUCUGAUUCAUCUAGCAACAUAGGAAAUGCUGUGCUUUAUGAAAGUGUGUGCUGUGCAUCUGCUAUACAUCCCAAUACUAAAUUAUUGGAAGCAGCAGCAGAUGCAAUAUCUAAGCUUCUGAAGAGUGAUAGUCAUAACUUAAAAUACAUGGGCAUUGAUGCCCUUGGUCGAUUGAUAAAGCUAAGCCCGGAUGUUGCGGAACAACAUCAACUGGCAGUGAUUGAUUGCUUGGAGGAUCCGGAUGAUUCCCUCAAGCGAAAAACGUUUGAACUACUGUAUAAGAUGACCAAGUCCUCUAAUGUUGAAGUGAUUGUUGAUCGCAUGAUAGAGUAUAUGAUAAGUAUUAAUGAUAAUCAUUACAAAACUGAAAUCGCAUCACGGUGUGUUGAACUAGCUGAGCAAUUUGCCCCAAGUAAUCAAUGGUUUAUUCAGACAAUGAACAAAGUAUUCGAGCAUGCUGGCGAUUUGGUAAAUAUUAAGGUGGUGCACAACUUAAUGCGUUUGAUUGCAGAAGGAUUUGGAGAGGAGGAUGAUACUGCAGAUGGUCAGCUGAGAUUAUCUGCUGUUGAGUCAUAUUUGCGAAUCAUUGGUGAACCCAAACUUCCUUCUACAUUUCUUCAAGUUAUUUGUUGGGUGUUGGGGGAGUAUGGAACUGCUUAUGGGAAGUAUUCUGCUUCAUAUAUUACUGGAAAGCUCUGUGAUGUGGCAGAAGCUUAUUCAACUGAUGACACUGUGAAGGCAUAUGCACUUACAGCUCUCAUGAAGAUAUAUGCAUUUGAAAAAGCAGCAGGCAGAAAUGUGGACAUGCUUCCUGAGUGUCAGUCAUUAAUUGAAGAAUUGUCAGCAUCCCACUCAACAGAUUUGCAGCAGCGUGCAUAUGAACUGAAGGCUGUCACUGGCUUGGAUUCUCAAGCUGUUGAAAGUAUACUGCCAUUUGAUGCAAGCUGUGAGGACAUUGAGGUUGACAAAAGCCUCUCAUUCCUCAAUGGUUAUGUACAACAAUCUCUAGAAAAUGGGGCUCAACCUUAUAUCUCUGAUAAUCAAUAUUCUGGUAUGCCAAGUAUCAGCAACUUCAGAAGCCAAACUCACCAUGAGCCAUCCACACAUGGACUUAGGUUUGAGGCUUAUGAACUUCCGAAGCCUGUUGAGCAGCCAAAACCUACUCUAGUUUCACCUAUGCCUUCAACAGAACUUAUCCCUGUACCCGAGCCAUCAUAUUCUCGAGAAUUCCAGCCGGCCGCGGCAGUGAGACCAUUGGCUGAUGCUGGAUCAAACGAAAUCAAGCUACGGCUUGAUGGGGUCCAAAAGAAAUGGGGAAAACCUAGUUAUUCCUCUACACCGUCUACUUCAAAUUCUGCCUCUCAGAAUGUUGUUAAUGGUGCCUCGCAACAUGAUGGAACAGGCAAUGUAAGCUCAAAACCUCGGGAUACUUCUUACAGUUACAAGAAGCAGCCAGAGGAAAUUGAUCCGGAGAAGCAGAAGCUUGCUGCUUCAUUGUUUGGCGGUCCUUCAAAAGCACAAAAAAGGCCGUCUUCAACCAGCCAUAAGUCUACAAAAGCGUCCAGUCAUACCAUUGAGAAGUCGCAAGAAACAAAAUCAGUGGCAGAGAUGACACCGCCACCGCCUCCACCCGAUUUGCUUGAUUUUGGUGCACCUGAUGACACAGGCAGUUCAUCAAUAAUCGAUCCUUUCACACAGUUGGAAGGCCUUGAUGCAGGUCCAGGUGCAUUAUCUGCAAAUAAUUCUAGCAACAUCAGUUCUACCAAAGAGUCUGAUCUUAUGUCACUUUUUGGAGAUACACCAAUGAGCCCACAAUCUGGGUUUGUUGAUACUCUUAGUACAACAGAUGAUGACCUUAUUUUUGGGUCAUCAAAUGCCACCAGUAAAAAUGGUCAUGCUGAACAAUCACAAGGAAGCAAGGGUCCUAACCUGAAGGAGGCACUGCAGAAGGAUGCCUUGGUGAGACAGAUGGGUGUAACCCCAACAAGUCAAAACCCUAACUUGUUCAAGGACUUGUUUGGCUAAGUACAUUACUUUAGUUACUCUCCUUUGGCAGGGCACAAUGCUUAAAUCUUGUGAAGGAUUUCAAGCAUGUAAAUGGGUUAAACACGUUGAGUAGAGUCUCAAAUUCGGAUCCUGCGGUUCAGUUCUUGUUCCUUGAUGGUGAUGAUUUUGUAGAACUAGCGCGAUUUAAGAGUUUGGUGGUGUAUAUUUGGGAUCCAGUUAAUUCAUAUGGGGGCAAUUUUACCCCUUGCAUAUGGUGAGAGAUGAUUAACAAUUUUGGUGCUUUUUGAUCGACGCCUUGUUUGUUAUCGAUGUGAAUUAGCUGCUCUUAUUGAUGAUCUCUGUUGUAAUAAUGGUAAUAAUAAAAUUGUAUCAGUAGCUUUUCCAUAUAUAUAGUUCCUCUAUUUUCAAUACUCCGGCCACAGCAACGAGCAUAUUUCUAAGCUUGUCUUGAUUGUGUUGACAUUUGAGGUACAAUUGAGUUUUAAUUUACUUUCGUCUUGUUAGCUGGCA